AUGUCAUCACAACGCAGUAGACGUGUGCCGAAAGCAACACCUAAACGUACAAAUGACGGCCUCAAGCCAGGGGAAAUACUUUCUCAAGUCGGCCGGGUCGCCCUCCCGUUCAUUCUCACCAAGCUUGCGCAACAACAAGAAGAGAAACAACGCCAACAAGAGAGGGAAAGCAACAAAGCCCCAACCUCCUCAAGAUCCCGUACUGCAAGCCGCGAUGGCAGCACAACAUCCACGGGUGAACAGUCCAGAUCAUCCCACAACCGAGACAGAGACAAACACCGAGACAACAACGGCUCUGCCGACGCAUCCUUCCGCAAUGACAGCGAUUUCCACGGCGUCAUCAGCCAAGUCGCCAUCGGUUUAGUUGCCUUUGGAGCCAAAAAGCUUAUACAGAGAAGAAAGGAGGCCAAGCAGGCUGCUGCUUCCGCCGCACAAACUGCUCAAGCGAAUGGACGCAAUGCCCGAGGCAACAAGAGCCCAGCCGAGGCGGAUGUUGAACUUUCAAGGGCAUUGGAGACUACAGCGAUUGAGCUGCAGGGGGCUAGCGAGUCACUACGCAGGCUGGCAAACUCGGGUCCAAAAAGCCACCACAGGAAAUGCGCGGUGAGAGACGAGCUGGUACGAGAUGCUCAGAGGCUGGAAGGUUCACUUGCCAGCAUACAAACGGGCAUUCACAAUAUGCGCAACCUGCACCCAAGGUUGCGCAGACCAGAUGAGGGUAAGAAAGAGCCUCUCCAAAAGGGGACGAGAGGCUUGGGACCCAUACGAGAUGGGAAGGUUGGACAUCGGGAACGGCUGAAGGAGAGGUAA